AUGCCCCGCAGCGAGGCGCGGUGCCCUCAUAUGUGGCGCAAAGGCAUCACAGUCGCAGGUGUUCACCCCGCGGCCGCCUCCCGCCACGCCAGGCGGCUGCUAAGGACCCGGCGGCCGGCGCACGGCAGCCAACCGGCGGGCGGUACUCAGGGGGCGCCCAAGCCGCCUCCCCGCCGGGUGCCCUCCGCCCCGCGCUCCGUCCCGGACCGCCUAAAGCCCGCGCCGCGCUUCGGAGAGGCCGGCCUCACCCGGCCCGCUCACCCCCGGCGACGCCCCACCGUCGCGCGCGCCCCGCUCGCUCUCGGCUUCAGCCUCACCCCAUCCGCGCCGCCGGCCGGGUUCCGGCGCACUAGCCGCCCCGUCCGCCCCGGCGACCGCGGCCCGGCAGAGACAGCCGGCACUGAACUGCGCGCCAGGAGCUCCGGACAGCCACGGCAACAUCCAGCGCCCUGGCAAUCCUUAAACCUUGGCCUGACCGCCGGUGACGGCAGUGCUGCAAUACGUCAUGCAGGUGCUCUGUUACCCGGUUUUAAUCCCACGUGCAGUGGGGCAGAUGAGUUGGGCAUUUGUCCAAAAGGUGUCACCUCCAACGUGUUCCGCUUUAACGUGUCUUCGGCAGAGAAGAACAGCACCAACUUAUUCCGAGCUGAGUUUCGUGUGCUGCGUGUGCCCAACCCAAGCUCUAAACGCAGUGAGCAACGCAUCGAGCUUUUCCAGAUCCUUCGUCCGGAUGAGCACAUAGCGAAGCAGCGGUACCUCAGUGGCAGGAAUGUGCAGACACGGGGCUCCCCUGAGUGGCUGUCCUUUGAUGUCACCGAGACUGUGCGUGAGUGGCUUCUGCACAGAGAGUCCAACCUUGGCCUGGAAAUUAGCAUACAUUGUCCUUGCCAUACUUUUCAGCCCAACGGGGACAUCUUGGAGAGUUUGCAUGAGGUCCUGGAGAUCAAGUUCAAAGGCAUUGACAGUGAGGAUGACUAUGGCCGUGGGGACUUGGGGCGCCUGAAGAAGCAGAAAGACUUGCAUAAUCCCCACCUCAUCUUGAUGAUGUUACCCUCACAUCGACUGGAGAGCCCAGUGUUGGGAGGCCAGAGAAAGAAACGGGCCCUGGAUACCAACUACUGUUUCCGGAACCUGGAGGAGAACUGCUGCGUGCGUCCUCUGUACAUUGACUUCCGACAGGACCUUGGCUGGAAAUGGGUCCAUGAGCCCAAGGGCUACUUUGCUAACUUUUGUUCGGGCCCUUGCCCGUACCUCCGCAGCGCAGACACCACUCGCAGCACGGUUCUGGGUUUAUACAACACGCUGAACCCUGAGGCAUCUGCUUCACCCUGCUGUGUGCCCCAGGACCUGGAGCCGCUCACUAUCUUGUACUAUGUUGGGAGGAACCCCAAAGUGGAGCAGCUCUCCAACAUGGUGGUGAAAUCCUGCAAAUGCAGCUGAAAGGCCCCCUGGCCCACCCAAAGCCAAGAGAAAAACUGUCAGCACCCACUCUCCUGCUCCCAGGCUAACACAAAGAGAACUGGGGGUCAGAGACUACGCAUGCUGAGGGCCAAGUGCCAAACCCUGUGGCUUAAAGUCUGACAGCCUUUGGGGAUCUCUUCUGGAACACUUCUUGGUUGUCUUGGCAGUGCAGCGUUCCUUCUAGGAGUUACUUUGGUGACACAAAGGCCACUCUCCAAAAUGGCUGGACAGUUGGUGCGGAAGUGGAGGAUAAGGUGGAGCAACUGCUGUGUAUUUGAAUGCUGGGUGGUUGAGCUGGGAAAAUGAGAAUGAGAAAGCAGGUGCAAGGGGGAAUGGAAAUGGGGAGAUGUUUUCUAUUCUAGCUUUAGCUAUCUUAAGACCUUAGCCCUCCCCACUGGCUUGAAGUACUAAGGCUUUCCCUGUAGGAGGAAACCUUGAAAGUUUCUUUAGAGAAGGAAAAUGCACCAAGAUGGGAAGUUGCUGAGAGAAGAAAUGCUCAGAGAUAAAGACUUUUGUUCCUCAGAGCUGUGAUCCAAGAGUCCUGCAACUGAAACCAUGUCUGCCAAACCUCUAAGUUCAGCUGACACAUCCUGCCUGUUGGUUUCCACAUGCAAACUGCAAGGCUCCCAGCCAGCGUACUGAGGGUGGGCAAAUACAAGGAAAGAGGGUGCUGAGUCCAUUUUCAGAGGGUCUGGUGUCUCCAUCCAGCUCUUUCACCUUCCUGGAUUUUCUAAGAGAUGGUUUCGGGUGAGGGCAGGAGCAAUAUCUGGGGGUACCUGAAUAUUGGGCCCAUUCAUUCGUGAUCUGACACACCCUGAGGACCUCUUGUCUGUUGUGGUUUGUGAGGUGCUUUGGGGUGGUCUGCACCUGUUCUGCAUGAUGACCUGAACAUGACCCAGGUCUCACCUGCCAAGACUUAAAAAAUAGUAAUCUCAAAAACUUUGCAAAAAAAUAAAUAUUUUGGGGGGAGAUGCUAAUUUUUUCACAAGCAAGUUGUUUGUUGGAGAGUUAGAUGAUUUGCUGUUUUUAAAGUGCUACCACUGUGGCAUACUCAGUCUAAAAUUUUUACGCUUUCCAAAAUGUCUCCUCAAAAGAACAGACAGAAUUUAGGUUGGCAAGAGAAUCCCAAAAUGGAAAUUCCAUGUUACCCGCAAACUGCGCCUUGUGUAUAUGUGCCCUGUCUCACCCUAGUCCUUCAGACAUGUAUAUUACCUCUGGCAUCUGCUUUUGAUAGAUUCAUAUAAAGCUCCCUUCAAAUGUAAAA